CAUUCUCCUUGUUUGGUUUUAUAAAUAUUUCGAAACGCUCAGAUUUUAGUAAAUCAUAUUCUGCGCUUAGAAUGCUACGAUCAGUCGGUGAUUUGUUAUAGAGCAGUAAAGUGAUCAUUGGCGCUGACAAGAGCGCAGACAAAACAAAACGAAGCAGCAGUAACUGGCGCGAAAGAAUAAUUAAUACAAUAACAAAGGGAAAAUGUUAACGAAACGGCAUAUUGCUCUAUUAUCAGCGCUCUAUAAUUUAUUUUUAUUGCAUGUGUCAACAGCGCUUCAUAUCCAACCCACCAACUACACACAACUAUCCAACUCCACCAACCUGCAACAGUUGAAAGUGGCCGUCUAUUAUGAGGCACUUUGUCCUGAUAGUAGGGUGUUCAUACGUAACUCACUCUUUGAUGCGAUGAUAAUAAAUGACUGGCUAAAUUACACCAAGCUAGAAAUGGUCCCAUAUGGAAAAGUAACGUCCUGGACAGAUCCCAAUACGAAUAUAACUACGCUUUUCUGUCAACACGGGCACGAAGAGUGUGAACAAAAUGCAUUGCAUGCCUGUAUUGUAGAGCACAAUGAUGUAAAAGACCAAAUCAAAUUAAUAAGCUGUUUAAUGACUGGUCAUGCGAAAAGUCUUGAUGAGUGUGCUAGUGAUUUGGAGAUGGAUGUGAGCGGAGUGAAGGAGUGCAAAUCUAGCCGUAGCACGCCAGAUAUAUUGAAGAAAUAUGGCGAAAUGACCGAUGCGUUGGAUAUAUCUUUCGUACCAUCAGUUACGUUCGAUGGGAAAUUCGAUCGCUGGCGCCAACGUUACUUUAUAUACAAUUUUUCAGAAAUUUUUUGUCGAGAGUACAAAGAUAAAUUCAAUACCAUACCACCGCACUGCUGAAACAAUAACUAAUAACAAAUAAAAAUUUUAGUAAAUGUCAUAAGAACUAAUUUUAUAAAUAAUAUAUAAUAAUAU